AUGGGAAACGGAUUAAUGCCCUCUCAAAAAAAGUUCCCAGAUGGCUCCCCUAUGGACCCCGUUAAAAAACUUUCCAUCCGCCGGCGUGACAGAUCUCUACCAACGGUCACAGACUUGAACACCAUCAACGAACCGAAUAUACAUCUAUUUAGACACUUCUUAGGCUGCGAGACAGUCGCGACGGAAAAAAAUUCAAAAAAAUCGAAAAGGAAGCUUUUAAACUCUGACGAUUCAUCUCUUAGAAAUUCGUCGAGGCCUGUAUCUACGGAGUCCCCGAAUGAGGAGAAUGAUAUUCCAGAUGGCAGUAGAAUCGCAUGCAACCACAAUGGCAGCUACCUAAAUGACAUCAACAAUGCUGAUCACGCUAACAACGACAACAGCAACAUUGAAAUCAACAUUCGUAGCAAACUCAGCAACACAGAUGACAGCAACAACAACACAACAUCAACUAACACUUUAUCUAAAAACAUCAACAACAACAUUAUUCCUAACAUUCAGAACAAAAUUUGCAAAAAUGAAAAAAGACCAAAGCACACCCGCUGUAGACCAGAACACGGCUUAGGAAGAAAUUAUAACGUUGAAUAUCUAAGGCAGAUUAGCGAACAAGCAACUUCCGAUUUAAAUUUGGCCGAAAAUGAGCAAAAAAAUGACCGAAAUGACUCAAAAAAAACUAUAAAUAACGCCCCAAAUAAGUCUAAAAAUGUAAAUAAUGAUAUAGCGCUUGAUAAACCGAAUGAUAUUUCAACGCGGGAGUGUAAUCAGGUUUCAAGUUUCAAAGGAUACCAAGAACCUAUUUCUCUGACCCAUCUGAGUUGCGAAACUACAAAACAGCCCAACGCUAACCUCAGCAACAACUAUCAUUGCAGGUACAAAGACGUCAACAACAGUAGUUUCAACAGUAACUACGACACUAACAACGACACUAACAAUGAUCUCAUCAGUGAUCGCUACGAUUGUAGCAACAAAAUCGUUCGCAUAACGUUGAGGAACAUAAAAAACAGGAUGUCUAACAUCAACAUACACGUCAACGCUAACAACACUAAUAACACUAAUAACAUCAACAAUAAUGAUCUAAUUGAUGACAUCAACAAAUACAGCAACAAUCUUAGCGACAAAAUCAUUCAAGACAUUCUAACAACUGACACGAGAAACGUUAACCAUUCUCGCAAAAACACAAGUAACAAUAACAACAAUAGCAACAAUAACAACAACAAUAAUAAUCAUAAUACUGAUAGUGCUCAUGGAAAAAUCGCCAGUAAAUCAAGAACAAAAAUUAGGUCAAAUCAUGAUAAUGAUGUCGAAGAUGAAACAAAAUGGCGUAACGAGGUGUUCGCACUUUGGCGGGAAGAGCAUGGGCCGGAAACGUUCGCGAGGAAACUGCAGAAGAGGUUAAAGGUGAUUUUGACAAUAAUGAUCAAAGGACUGGAGUAA